UAGAAACAUGGUUUUCGACCAGCAGCUGGUUUUGAUCUCUCUAUUUCUGUUCAACAGGAUGCUGUUACCUCUUUUACAGCUAGCUUGGCUGAGCUCUGUUUCCUGACUCUUCCCCCCCCCACCACCAAGAUAAUUAUUGUGUGUGUGUGUCUUACAGAGGGGGAGAUAGAGUGAGAGACAGUUCAUGGAAUGCUGUGAUGUCAUCAGCUCAGUCCCACACAAAGGCAAGGAGGAGGACACACAAGCACACUCACUCUCCCGAGUAGUUACUCUGCCGUGGAGCGUCUGCACCCCACUAUUCACCCAGCCAUGGCUGCCUGAUGAGUACUGAGGACGACUGACAAGGGAGGAGGGAGUGUCAGUGUAGAGGACGUCAGAGGAAGCUGUCUACAGCUUGUGUAUGUGACAGAGGAGCCUCGAUCUUCUUCUUCUCCUCAUGAAGCUUGUUUAGAAACCAACACGUCUUCAGGAAACUGUCGACCCAAGGAGUCAGGACAGUACCCAUCCACGCCCUGCUAGACUGGGCAACCUGCUGGAACAGCCCUUACCGCCUUAACCCCUCCACCUCCAGCCCGCCGCCACCACCAUGCUGCAGCAGAUACUAAAGGACAUGUACAUCGAUCCUGAUGUGCUGGAGGCCCUGAACGAGGACCAGAAGAAGACCUUGUUCCUGAAGAUGAGACAGGAGCAGGUGCGGCGUUGGAAGGAAAGUGAGGAGAAAGAAGACCAUAGACCAAAGCCGAGUACAGCCAACCGUAAGAAUGUGAGCUGGUUGCUGGGCAGGGACGGUGAUGUGUCGGUCAUGGUGAUUGGAGAGGUGGACGAGCUGAAGACCUCUAAACUCAUCUGUUCUGGGCCUGUGGAGAGGAAAGCACCUCCAAGCCUGCACAAUAGCACACGCCACCAGACAACUCCCCCGAAGAGCAACCUGGUAAACAGACCCGUCUCAGAAUCUGUCAGAACUGGGAGAGAGAGCCUGCUUCCCAAAACACAGCCAGGGAUACAGCUCAAUUUAAAGGAGAACACUGAGGAAGUGAGGACAUGGCCCCCUCUACAGGUGUCAGUGGGUGAGCAGCAGCCACCAGCAGCACUGGAAAAACAAGCUGAGUUGAAGCAGGAUUUAGAGGUCGACGCUCCAGAGGAGAAGCCAGUCCUCUCUUCCGACAGACCUCACUCAAGAGCUGGCACUGCCAACCCGAGGCUGGAUACCGCGCUGUCCCCCGUCCCCAAGAACUUCACCAUCACACCAUCCCCUGUCCCUACCGUCACACCGUCCCCUCUCCCCAGCACCGUAACAUUGUCUCCGGUCCCCGGCAUUGUCACCCCGUCUCCAGUCCCCCGCAGCAAUGCCAUCCGAGACGCUCUAGAGAAGAGCACUGCCAAAGCGCGGGCUUCAGAGAAGACCGUCACGCCCUCUCCCGUCCCUAGCUCUGUCAAAACGUCCCCUGUUCCCAGUGUGACCCCGUCCCCUGUCCCCAGCUCCACUCCGUCCCCUGUCCCCAGUGUCUCACCGUCCCCUGUCCCAAGCUCCACUCUGUCCCCUGUCCCUAGCAUCUAUUCACCGUCCCCUUUCCACAGGACCAUCACUCCAUCCCCUGUGGCUAGCAGCGCGGCCAUAAGAGACGCUCUAGAGAAGAGCACCACCAAACCACAUGGUCCGGAGAAGACGACCGUCAUUCCGCUGUCCGUCACAACCAGGCUCCACCCCCAGGAGACACCCAGCAGCCAAGAUGUCUGCGUGAUGGCAGCCUACCGCAGGGCCAUGUCUGAGGAUGUGGUGUCUGAGGGGGGCGGAGACACCUGUUCACGGAGUGGUCGGGUGGCUCAGCUCAUGAAGAACUUCAGCGGGAAGAGCCCCACGACCCCUGCACAGACUCCUCCUCCCCGCGGUAGCAAACCCCCCAUCCCCACCAAACCCAACCACCUGCACCUGGUUGCCAGCCCCUCACUCAGGUAAUCCACAGGACCUGACCACCAGGGCCACCCGCUGUCCCCCAUCAUACCACACCCCACCCAGGCCCCACUGAACACUGCUGGGCACCCAGCCUGGGGGUCUCAGCAACUGGGGACAAGGACGCAAGGAGGCAGGCCCCAAGGCUCUCAGGAACACAGCCAAAACCUUUGACUCCAUUGCUGUUACUCCAAAAGCAAAGCAAUGAGAAUAGAGCUUUUGCCAUUUUUACCUGUGCCAUGUUUUAUUUAGUGUUUUAAAUUGUACAGUACUGUAAAUUCUCUCUGUGGGGAAAAGGUGAACCAAAAGCGUUGCUUGUAAAACAGCGUCUUCCUUUGUUUCCUGCUUUUGCCUUUUUAUAUUCAAUGUAUUAUUGACCGUAUCAUACCAUGUAUUCUUCACCUGUCUAUCUACUUAAAAAAAAAAAAAUCUUGCCAUGAACAAAUACCACUUUACUGUUACAUUUGGCGCACAAUAUGUUCACAAAGCUUGUGCAAUGUUGUCAAGGUCAUAAACCUGUUCUUGAGAUUGCAACAAAUCAUGACAAAUGUCACCCUGAAUGACGCAGUACUUUUGUUUUCGUAGUUAAGAGCUUAUCUGUUUGGUGACUAAAUAUAAAGACAAUUGUUCCAUGUGCUAACAAAUGACAGAGCCAAAUUGAUCAUACACGCCUGUCAUGGCCAAGGAGAUGGGUAGAGUACAGUAUGGCUGGACAGACGGGUAUAACCGGGUGAGUGAGGGAAGGUGGUUCCUCCUUAAUAAUCCACGGCGCUCCUCACCGGGAGCAGCACCGUCAGCUUGUUUACUGUCACAUCUCCCCUGACUGCCACCUGGCCGAACAAGCACCUAUCGAACAAGCAGCUAUCUACCUGAGAUUGACCAAUGACAGUGCCAAACGUCUCUGCUCUGUGUCCCGGUGGACCGAACACUGGCAAGCCACACGGUCCGUGCCAAAUAAAUCUUGUUAGCUGUGGUUAACCUGUCUGUUAUUUUCCUCAAUCUCACUUUUGAUUGGUUGCACUCGUUUUUUCAAUUUUUUAAAACAUUUUUUACUAUGUUAAUGGGGAGAGCGAGAGUGACGAUCUCUGUGUCUGUGUGUAACGAGUGUGCGUUGUCCCACACAAGGUGUGUGUUGAACUAUGUGUGUGAUGUCAGGCCUGUGUGGCGCAACCACAGUGGAACAAUAAAAUCAUUUGACCCCUCCAA